GCGGCGUGGGCUCCGCCAUCCCGCUGGGAGUAGACGGUCUGCGCCGGGGCCCUGCCAGCGAGACGCCGCACGGAGCGAGCGAGCGAGCGAGCGAGGGAGGAAGAGGGCAGAGCGCGAGCCCCGCCGCCGCCGCCGCCAAACGGACAUGCCCGCGCGGAGCCCCUGAGCGGGACCGAGCCGCCCCUCCUCCCCCUCCCUCCCCUCCCCUCCCUCCCCCGCGCGGACGCCCGCAUCAGCCGCCGCCAACAUGGAGGCCGUGAACGCCUUCAACCAGGAGCUCUUUUCACUCAUGGAGAUGAAACCUCCUAUUUCCCGAGCAAAAAUGAUUCUCAUCACAAAAGCUGCCAUUAAAGCUAUUAAGCUCUACAAGCAUGUUGUCCAGAUUGUAGAGAAGUUUAUCAAAAAGUGCAAACCAGAAUAUAAAGUCCCUGGAUUGUAUGUCAUUGACUCUAUUGUUCGUCAGUCUCGUCACCAGUUUGGAACGGACAAGGAUGUUUUUGGGCCAAGAUUCUCUAAAAAUAUUACCGCUACAUUCCAGUAUUUAUAUCUUUGUCCAUCUGAAGACAAGAGUAAAAUAGUUCGUGUCCUGAACCUUUGGCAGAAAAAUGGAGUGUUUAAAAUUGAGAUCAUUCAACCUCUCCUGGAUAUGGCGGCAGGAACUAGUACUGCUGCUCCAAUGGCAGAAAAUGCUACUAAUAACGAAGGUUCACCACCCCCUCCAGCAAAGGUUCCUUCAGAGCCUCCUCAAGUCACUGUUAACUCAGUACCUACUGUGCCACAGUUGCCCAGUUCUGAUGCCUUUGCAGCUGUAGCUCAGUUGUUUCAAACAACACAAGGACAACAGCUUCAGCAGAUUCUUCAGACUUUUCAGCAGCCUCCAAAACCCCAGUCACCAGUCAUAGAUAACACUGUGAUGGCUCAGGUUCAAGCUAUUACUGCUCAGUUGAAGACUACAGCAGCACAACCACCAGAACAAAAAGCUGUUUUUGCACCACCAGAGCAAAAAACAUCAUUUGACAAGAAGUUACUAGAUCGAUUUGACUAUGAUGAUGAACCGGAAGCAGUGGAAGAUUCAAAGAAAGAAGAUUCAACUCCUUCUCCUUCAAUUUCUCAGCCAGCUUUGACCUCUCUCUCAUUCAGUGCACAGGCUGGAUGGUGCUCAAUACCUGGUGGAUUUCCAGGAGAAGGUAUGCAACAGCAAGUAUUUCCACAACUCCAAAAUAUGGAUCCUUUUCAGCAACGAAUGAUGGGAAUACAACAGGAUCCAAUGCGCCACCAGGUUCCACUUCCUCCUAAUGGGCAAAUGCCAAGUUUCGGUCUCCUGCCUACCCCGCAGUUUCCACCCAUGGCUCAGCCUGUGAUUCCACCAACACCAACUGUGCAGCAAACUUUUCAGUCUCCUUUCCCGGUACAGAGUGAAACACAUAUGCAGAAAACACAUCAGCAGGAUAUGGAAGUGGAACAGCCCCCUAUUCAAGAAGGAAAAAGACAUGCUUCUGACAACAGAAAGUCAAGAUCUAGAUCUGCAUCAAGGUCACCUAAGAGGAGGCGUUCAAGAUCUGGCUCCAGAUCUCGAAGAUCACGUCAUCGUCGAUCUCGCUCUCGAUCGAGGGAUAGACGCCGACACUCUCCUAAGUCUCGGUCACAAGAAAGGCGUGAACGUGAAAGAGAGAGGGAACGCAGGUCAAAAGGCCUUCCUCAGAUAAAGUCAGAAACUGUUAGUGUCUGCAGUACUACGCUUUGGGUAGGACAACUUGACAAAAGGACUACUCAACAGGAUGUUGGAAGUCUUUUGGAAGAGUUUGGCCCAAUUGAAUCAAUAAAUAUGAUACCGCCUAGAGGAUGUGCCUAUAUUGUAAUGGUGCACAGACAAGAUGCUUAUCGUGCCCUACAAAAAUUGAGCCGAGGCAACUUCAAAGUCAAUCAGAAAUCUAUAAAGAUUGCAUGGGCUUUGAAUAAAGGAAUAAAGCCAGAUUACAAGCAGUAUUGGGAUGUAGAAUUGGGUGUUACCUACAUACCAUGGGACAAAGUGAAACCUGAAGAUCUUGAAAGCUUUUGUGAAGGGGGAAUGCUGGACAACGAAACUCUUAGUCCAGAGUGGAAGGGGAUUCCCAAGAAGUCUGAAAAUGAAGUAGCUCAAAAUGGAGGUGCAGAAGCUACACAUAAUGAGCCAGUGUCUCCUAUACCCAAAGCUUUACCUGUUCCAAUUCCCGUUCCCAUGCCUGCACCAAUAACUGUACCUCCUCCACAGGUUCCGCCACAUCCAUCAGGUCCUCCUGUGGUUGGUGCACUCCAACCACCUGCUUUCACAGCACCUUUAGGAAUCCCACCUCCUGGAUUUGCUCCUGGGGUGCCGCCGCCACCACCACCUCCGUUUUUACGACCCGGGUUUAACCCAAUGCAUUUACCCCCAGGCUUUCUUCCUCCUGGACCACCUCCACCUAUAACUCCUCCAGUAUCUGUUCCUCACACUCCAGCAGUAAACAUCCCCAAUUCUACAGCAGCUGGUGUAAAUGAAGACACUACAAAAGAUGCAUCUGUUGGAAAUCCCAUCCCUACAGUGGUUUCUGGAUCCAGAGGGAAUACUGAAACCAGUGAUAGUUCUAAAAUGUACGGGACUGUUCCACCUCCUGUAGCACCUACUAAUGUACCUGCUCCUGUUACCCAAGCUAUUCCACUUCUUGAUUGCAAGGAAGACAUCUUGCCCUCCCCAUCAUCUGAAUUCAAGAGUUGGCCAGACUGUGUCAUCAUUCCUUUUCAUUCUAUGUGUCAGGUUUCAUCCCUAGGGAAAUCAAAACAUGGGAAAUGGAGUGUGCCAGGGUUUCACCACCUGUGCGGACAUGAGAUGCAAUCUACAUAUGCAUCCAAGUCCAGGAGCCCAGAAGUACUUGCAGGUCUGACCAUUUAAAUGUAGCCUUAGUGCUUGUACAGGUCUGAGACAUGUGAACUGGACAAAGCAAACAAGUAGGUACAGCAUCACCUUCAGUUUGCCAUGGGAAACUAAGCAAAGGACAUCAGAUGCUUCAGACUGAAGGACCUUGUGUUCUCAAGUAUAUGGUUUAGCAGUGUGAAUAGAUGACUGGUUAUGUGACUAGUUUCUCAUGAAGUCCUCUUAAACUGCUGCUUAAACAUGCCCAUGAUGUGGUUUUCAAAGCUGAGAUAAGAACAUAGAAGAAAGAUUUUGUCUGACAGCAUCAUGAAGUAUAUCGUGAGGACUCUGCUUGGGGAAAUAGGGAUGAAGGGGCUUCAGUAGUUUAACAAGAAGAAUGAAGAAAUGUUCUUCGGAUAUUGUGGGCAGGAUAGAAGAACAUGCUUCAGCAAGCUGAAUUCAAAGAAUGAAGAUUGCUCUGAAGAGACUCUUAUAGAAAUCUGAACCCCAAAACCUUGUCUGAGAAUACCUUAUGUAACCUGUAAAAAUACAGGAACUCUCCUAACUUUUGUAACUUCAAAAUGAAGCUUAUCUAUCUGUCCAUUUUUUUUAAUGGAAGAUAUGUUAUAAAGUAAUUCUAAAUUGAUGGAUUAUUGUAAGAUUUCAUAUGCUUUCUUAGUAAUGUAAGUUACAUUCUGUUUCAUCUCCACUAAUUUCAUUCAUUCCUGCAAUGUAAUUCUUCCAUCACUUCAAACAGUGGCAUGUUUGUGGCUCCAGAGCAGUGAUCCCUUGUGGACAUUGUGUCUAAAUUUUUUGUGCUAAUUUCUAAAAAAAAAAAAAAAAAAAAAAACACCUUCAGGUUGUUUUAAUUUAGUUGUAUCCUUGAUCAUAUUCACUGCUGUUACAGCUGCUUGUUCUUAAUUUGGACAAGAUGAUCCAGAUUGUAACUGAUUUUUGUGAGUAUGUGCUCAUAUAUUUUAAAUGAUCUGCAGAGCAAAGUUUUUUAGAUUCUUUUUACAUGCAACUACUGCAGAAAGUGAUAGGGUUUGAUUUGUCAACUUGGUCUGAGUGCUGAGCAAAUGCUGUAAUUUGGACCAGUAAUAAAUUGCUGUUGCAGAUGCUUUGUUUUAUUCAGCUUCUGUGAUCCAUUAUCUUAAUUAAAUGCACCAGUUUGCAGUUUUGUAGGCAUGGUCUAAUGCUCUUUUUAACAAA